AUGCCACGAAGGGGUAAGAGACCCAAACGGAAGCCUAUUGCCAGCAGUGAGAGCGACAAUGAGAGUGAAGACGACUCCUUUGAUGAAGAAGAUGAACUACCGUUGUCCAAACUGAUACCACAGUUGGUCAAUAAUAAUAAGAAAGAUAUUAUGGAAGAGGCAUCGUCGAAUUCUGACAAGAAAGAUGAAAAGAAUAGCAAGGCUGGUGACGCUGUAUCAGAACAACAAUCUAAAACAGCAGCGGGUAGUGUCAAGGAGGAACCUUCUGUCACGGAUUCUUCUUCUCCUGCAAAAAAGAAGCGACCUGAAACUAUUACUCAACCCAAAGCAACAGUCGCGGAUAAACCAAAAGAUAAAAAGCAACCAUCGGCUGCUUCCGAUAACAACGAGGAGGAACAAAAAUCUGAAGUGAAAGAAACUUCUGCCACUGCAAAAGCUUCGACUGAUAAUAUGAAGGAAGACACCAAGGCUACCACCACUCCAGAACCUGAUAAUGAUAGUAAUAAGACCAUUGAGCCUACCAAAAAGGAUGCUCCUAAACCAGCCCUUUCAGCGGAAGAGAAGCCCAUUGAAAAAGCAACGUCCGUUGCUACCAAUAAGGCUCCUGUGAUAAAGAAGGACGAACCAAAAGAAGAAGAAAAAUUGGCUACUGUCAAGACGCAAGCUGGUACCAAGCCCUCGGAAGUUUCCAAAGGAGCAGGCGGUUCCACAACCACCAAGGAUGACGAGAUUGCCACUUCUUCCACCAAGGCACCACCAACUGUUGCAACUCCUCCUGCUGCUGCAUUGUCAAAAAUGGAAACUGUGGCCAAGGAGACGCCUUCUGCUGAUCCGACGCCUGCCGCCAAGACAGAAGUUGCAAAAACUACUGCUGCAGCAGUAGUGGUAGCCAAGGAACCGCCCUCAUCUGAGCCCACUACCAAAGAAACAGCCGCCGCAUUAGUUUCCAAAUCAAAAGAAACCAAGCCGACAAUGGCGCCCCAAGAAAAAGCCAAAACCUCUACACUGACUCCUCCUCCUCCUACUACUGCAGUUAAAUCCAAGCAAGAAGAAGAGAUGGAUAAGAUGGAAAUUGAUCGUCCACCGCAACCAGCUGCUCCUGCGACUCUGCUGCAUAGUAGCCCUCAUGCCAAAACCAAUGUUCCGACAACGAAAAAGGAGGAUCCUCCUAAGGAUGGUUCUUCAUCACCAAUGGAAGUGGAUGCCAUCACUUCUCCAGUAAAACCAAAAGAGAAAGACAUUUUUGUCACGCAGCAGAAAAUUGCAGUUGCCACACCACCGACUGCUCAAGCUGCACCCCCCAAGCCCGUCACUGUACCUGCUACUGCAGCUACUGCUGCAAAAGCAGUACCGAAACAAGAGGCAACAAGCGCUGCUUCGGAGAGUGGUGAGGCUACCGCACGAAAACUAACAGCAACCGCCAACUCGAAAGAUGCCAAAAGUGACAGCAUGGACGUGGACAAACCGGACGACGAAGGAAUCAAGACAUCCAAUAUCAAAGCUACCGCCACUACCAAAAAAGAAGCAUCAGUGCAAAAGAUCCCACCAAAACAACUCAAGCCUUUUUACCUUCCGGAACAAUGGGCCGUCGAAGUAGAGAGUGACGACGACGAGGGGGAAGAUCCCUUUCGAUUCUUCAAGAAGGAUGGAAGCACAACUACACCCAAACCUGCGGCAAAGACGAAGAAGAAGGGUAGUAAAAAGCAAAAGCCCAUCACUAUCAGCGUGGUGUCUGUCAAGAAGCAAGAAGAUGACAGUGACUCCACGGAAGCAUCGAAUGACCCACCGGCGCUUGUCGAUGGCGUGGACGAGACUUUCAAGUGGAUCGAGAACGAUUUAGGCUCUAUGUCAGAACAGGAUAUCGCAGCGCUUGUGGAGGAACAAUUUCAAGAUUCGCUUGACUUCUUUCAGGAACCACACGAAGAUCAAGACGAAGACUAUUGCAAUUCCCAAAAGGAAAAGAAGAAAGAAAAGCUGAAGGAAGAGUUAACGCAACUUGACGUUGAAGACAAAGCUAUCGAGAAUCAGAUUGGAAGAAUCAUCGAGGACCAGAAAGAAGCCAAAAAGAGUUCAACUCAGCGUAGCGUGGAGAAACAUUUGGAGAAGGCGCAAAUGGAUGAACGUCGCGAAGUGCAGCACUUGCGAGUGAAGUACACUCAAAAGAUCAAUCCCAUUGCCCAGAGCAUUCGAAGAAAAGAAACUCAACUCAGCCAACGGCACAAGGACGAGCAAACGAAGCUAGCGACCAGUUGGCAACAACAGAAGAUUCAGCAACGCAUCCCAGACCAUAUUGCCAAGGCGAAUUAUCACCAGCAAUUGCAGCAAUUGCGUCGGAAACAGGAGGAUGAUAUUCAAAAACUCAAAAUGAUCAAUGUCAAAGCAGCUGACAUGAAGAGGAAAUGCGACGAGGAGUUCCAGCGCGAAGUCGAAAGAAUCAAGGCAAUGUACGAGAAGAAGAAGGGUGACAUUGACCAGAGUGGAAAGAAAAUUCUCAGCCAAAUCCUUGUAGGCUAUACAAGUCUUCAGAAGCACUAUCUCAAGCGUCAUCGGCAUCAAAUGACCAGAAAAAAGCAAGGGAUCACCCAGGCUAUAAAGGCACUGGAGAAAGGAGAUGAUGCUGAAGCCGCUCCAAGUUCGCCACCGAAGUUAACCCCAGCUCAUGAAAAGAAAGGUGAACCGAGACCUCCUUCUCCAAUUCGGACGUGUGGUGAUUGGUUCCAUGACUCUGGUAACGAGAAGUCGGGUGCCGCAUUGAGGCACAAGCAUCGUAAGGUUGCGCUGAACCAGGCGUCGAAGCAAAUGGCUUGUGAAAUUCACAAUGAAGGGAUAUGGGUCUAUCAAGUGAUUGAUAAGAGUGAUAAUCGCAAGAGUAGGAGUAAAAGCGAGUCCAAUCCUUCAAUCGAUCAAAAGCAUUUCAUACCUUGGGGUGUCAAGGCCAGAGAUCUUCUUGAGUCUCUUAUCUGCGGUGAAAUCCCUGAAUUUUGCUUUGCCAAAGAGUUUGAUUGGGGUGACAAUGUCACCAAUGCUGGGGGUCAUAUUCGAUGCGUCAUGAUUGAUUUACGGACAAGUGACGAGAGUGCGAUUCAACAGCGAAAACUAGCCGUCACAGAAAGGGAACUCGCCGAAGUCGGUAAACUGCAACAGGAUCUGAAAGAAAGUUCGAACAAAGGAAAGGAGCUAGAAUUUAGCCUUGCCAAAUUGGAAAAGCAGGAUAUGGAAAUCACACCGAAAGUGCAGCAUGCAAUCAAGGAUGCCGAAGAAAAGAAAUUGCAGUACCAAUCUUUUCGUGCGAAGAUUGCACCGUUCUUUGGACCAAAUGGCAAGCCUCUUCCAACGACUUCUCAUAAACAGAGCGAACAACUUAUUACUAACGACAGAAGGUUCAAACAAGCUGUCGAGCAUGCCAUGAAUCGAGAAAAAGUGGGAAGAAGCAAGCUGGCUGAAAUCAAAGCUCUAAUUCAACAGCAAUCUCAAGAAGUUGCACAAGCAAAGCGUGCGAUCACAACCACUGCAAUGCUCUUGAAGAAGAAAAAGGCUGCACUUCAGGAUCAGGGUAGCGCACGUGGGAAAACGGUCAAAGAAACAGAGGAGGCGAAUCGCGUAUCCACGAGAGUUACAGAUAUCAUCUCGGCGCUAAAAAUCACAGCAGAUAGACGAAGAGAACAACUGUCUUUAAAGCGUGCUGGAAGUAGGAAAGAUAUGUGGAUUCAGAAUCUUCCAGGACUCCCGAGUGCACUUCGAAGUAGCUUGUACUACAAAAUGCACCGGCGCCGCCAACAAAUCGUACUGCGGCCGCCUGUCAACUAUUAUUUGCCAGAUCUCCGAGAGAAAGUCGAGAAAAGAAUUUCAGAAGCUGAUGCUGGAACGAAGACUACGAAGCUUGAUGUGGAGGAAGAGGCUUUGGAAGCUGAGCGGAAGCUGCUUGUGGCAAUGCACCCUCUAGAAAGCUUUGGAAAUACUCCAACAGCCCCACCCACUGCAUCGUGGGCUGAACCAGGUUGGAAACUUGUACUCCACGUACCUUCUCCGCAACCAAAAACGAUCUUGCCCAAGGCUGCAAUAUCCAACGUUUUGCAAAGAAAUUUAUCCGAAAUUCACUCAGCACCAGGACGUCAAGCGGCGUCCUUGGUUCGGAAUACAGAUCUGCGAUGCUUGGCAGCACCGUUAUCCGCUGCCGCGACGACCACAAGUCUGGCCGAAACCGCACCUUCUAGUAGCAUCUCUCACAUGAAACCAACGGAACCCGAUCCGCUCCAUAGAAACAAAGAGACUAUGGCACUUGGUUAUAAGUUUUCAAUGAAAGUGCCUCCUCUGAAGCGACCAAGCGUGAGCCGAAAGCCCUCAGCAAAUGCUGAAACAAUAGCAAGUAAGAAAGCGGAUCCCCAACAACAGAAGACAACUCCAACUGCCCAAGCUACGAAGAAGCGAAAGAGUAGCACUGCUGCUGAGGGUGCUGCGAAGCGUGCGCCGCGACGAAAGCCUGCCAGUAAGACAGCAAGGGCGCAACAGCCGAAGAUGCCCGUGCACCAGGCCACAACUCAGUUUAUGAAACCGAUGCAGCUUCAACAGCAAACAUCGCAACCAUUCUUCCAACAACAACAACAGAAACCGACACAGCAGCAACCUCAGCAACAGCAGUACCAGCCAAAUCAGCAGCAAACUUUUCAGCAACAACAGCAAUAUCAAAAUGCGCAAUCAUCAGCAAAACAACAAUACCAACAGCAGCAACACUUUCAGCAGCCUCAGCAGCAAUUCCAAGCCAACCAACAGCAGCAGCCACGGUAUCAACAAUAUCAGCAAUUCAAUAGCAACCAGCAGCAGCCACAGUUUCAAGCUCGGCAACAACAGCAACAGCAACAAAUGCAAUUUCAAAUGAUGCAACAGCAACAACAGCAGCAACAACAGCAACAACAACAGCAGCAAAUAGGUGGUGUUCCCAUGCCGCAUCUAUUCAAUCAGCAAUCCUUUGGUCAGCAGCAGAUGCAACAACCCAUGCAACCGAUGCAAGCGCCGAUGCAAGCGCCGAUGCAGGCGCCGAUGCAAGCGCCGAUGCAGGCACCCAUGCAGCAGCCUUUGAAACAACCAAUGCAACACCAACAACAGGAUGACCAGCAAUUCGAUCCACUAUUCAUGUUACGCAAGUAG